GGGAUGGGGGAAAAAAUAUAAUCCUCCAGCCCCUGCCCUGCCUGUGGUGAUAAGAGCAAUGCAAUCUUUUCUUUAACCGAGGCAGGGCAGUUUCAUUAUUCAGCAAACAAAGCCCUUUCAGGGAUUUCUGCAUUGUGGAUGUUUUCUCGGUUGUUUUGCACCAAAUUCGUCGCAGCAGCAAGGCCACAGAGUUUGCCUUGACUCCCCUCACUACCAAAAUAAAUGUACAGGGCAGGAUUGUUCCACUGAGCAGCUGUGACUGGGGAGAGAGAAGAAGGAAGGAGAUGGUACGUGCCGACAGCUCUAAACUGAUUGCGGUGAGGAUUGCUAUGUAUGAGAGAGUUCAGGGGGGAAACAGGAGGAAGUCACAGAGGCAGCCAAAGCUCACAGGAUGGCGAGAGCCAAGCUGAAGAAUUCCCCUUCUGAGAGCAAUUCCCAUGUCAAAACUGUCCCGCCUGCGACGACAGAAGAUGUCCAUGGGGUGAGCCCCUUGUUGCCGUCUCGGAGGAUGGGAUCCAUGGGGAGUGAUGUCGGACAAAGGCCUCACGCCGAGGACUUCAGCAUGGAUUCCUCCUUCUCACAGGUGCAGGUCGAGUUCUACGUGAAUGAAAACACCUUCAAGGAGCGGCUGAAGCUCUUCUUCAUCAAAAACCAGCGAUCCAGCCUGAGGAUCCGGCUCUUCAACUUCUCCCUGAAGCUGCUCACGUGCCUCCUGUACAUCGUCCGUGUCCUGCUCGACAACCCCGAGGAGGGCAUAGGCUGCUGGGAAUGUGAAAAGCAGAAUUACACAGCAUUUAACCAGUCCACGAACAUAAACUGGUCACACAUCUUCUGGGUGGACAGAAAAACACCGCUGUGGGCUGUGCAGGUCAGCAUCGCUCUCAUCAGCUUUCUGGAGACCAUGCUGCUCAUCUAUCUCAGCUACAAGGGGAACAUCUGGGAGCAGAUUUUUCGCAUUUCCUUCAUCCUUGAGAUGAUCAACACGGUGCCGUUUAUUAUCACGAUAUUCUGGCCUCCUCUGCGGAAUUUGUUCAUUCCUGUGUUUCUGAACUGCUGGCUGGCCAAGUACGCCCUGGAGAACAUGAUAAACGACCUGCACCGAGCCAUCCAAAGGACCCAGUCUGCGAUGUUUAACCAGGUGCUCAUUCUGAUCUGCACCCUCCUGUGUCUCGUUUUCACGGGGACCUGUGGCAUCCAGCAUUUAGAAAGAGCAGGUGAGAAGCUCUCCCUCUUCAAGUCCUUCUAUUUCUGCAUCGUCACCUUUUCCACCGUGGGCUACGGAGAUGUGACACCAAAGAUCUGGCCUUCCCAGCUCCUCGUCGUCAUCAUGAUCUGCGUCGCCCUGGUCGUGCUGCCGCUCCAGUUCGAGGAGCUCGUCUACCUGUGGAUGGAGCGGCAGAAGUCGGGCGGCAACUACAGCCGGCACCGCGCCCAGACGGAGAAACACGUCGUGCUCUGCGUCAGCUCCCUCAAGAUUGAUCUCCUCAUGGACUUCCUCAACGAGUUCUAUGCCCACCCACGCCUGCAGGAUUACUACGUGGUGAUCCUUUGCCCAACAGAGAUGGACAUCCAGGUGCGGCGGGUCCUGCAGAUCCCUCUGUGGUCGCAGCGAGUGAUCUACCUCCAGGGCUCUGCACUGAAGGACCAGGACCUCAUGAGAGCCAAGAUGGACAAUGGAGAAGCCUGUUUCAUCCUCAGCAGCCGGAAUGAGGUGGACCGGACCGCAGCGGACCACCAGACCAUCCUGAGGGCCUGGGCUGUCAAAGACUUCGCUCCAAACUGUCCCCUCUACGUUCAGAUCUUAAAGCCAGAAAACAAAUUUCAUGUCAAGUUUGCAGAUCACGUUGUCUGUGAAGAGGAGUGCAAAUACGCCAUGCUGGCACUGAACUGUGUCUGCCCUGCCACCUCCACCCUCAUCACGCUGCUGGUGCACACCUCCCGUGGCCAGGAGGGCCAGGAGUCCCCGGAGCAGUGGCAGCGGAUGUACGGGCGCUGCUCGGGCAAUGAGGUCUAUCACAUCCGCAUGGGAGACAGCAAGUUCUUCAUGGAGUACGAGGGGAAGAGCUUCACCUACGCCGCCUUCCACGCGCACAAGAAGUACGGCGUGUGCCUGAUCGGCAUCCGGAGGGAGGAGAACAAGAGCAUCCUGCUGAACCCCGGCCCACGGCACAUCAUGGCAGCAUCCGACACCUGCUUCUACAUCAACAUCACCAAGGAGGAGAACUCUGCCUUCAUCUUCAAGCAGGAGGAGAAGCAGAAGAAGAAGGGCUUUGCGGGGAGGGGCAACUACGACGGCCCGUCCCGCCUGCCCGUGCACAGCAUCAUCGCCAGCAUGGGUACAGUGGCCAUGGACCUGCAGAACACGGAAUGUCGCCCUGCCAACAGCAGCAAACUGACUCUGCCGGCCGAGAACGGCUCCGGGAACCGCCGGCCCAGCAUCGCCCCCGUCCUGGAGCUGGCAGACACCUCGUCCCUGCUGCCCUGCGACCUGCUCAGCGACCAGUCCGAGGACGAGAUGACACAGUCGGACGAGGAGGGGUCGGCAGUUGUGGAGUAUGUGAAGGGUUACCCCCCAAACUCCCCCUACAUUGGGAGCUCCCCAACUCUGUGCCACCUUUUGCCUGAGAAAGCCCCAUUCUGCUGCCUGAGGCUGGACAAGGGCUGCAAGCACAACAGCUUUGAGGAUGCCAAAGCCUACGGGUUCAAGAACAAACUGAUCAUCGUUUCGGCAGAGACGGCGGGGAACGGGCUGUACAACUUCAUCGUGCCCCUCCGGGCCUACUAUCGGUCCCGCAAAGAGCUGAACCCCAUCGUGCUGCUGCUGGACAACAAGCCUGAGCACCACUUUCUGGAAGCCAUUUGUUGUUUCCCCAUGGUUUACUACAUGGAGGGCACCAUCGACAACCUGGACAGCUUGCUGCAGUGUGGCAUCAUCUACGCCGACAACUUGGUGGUGGUGGACAAGGAGAGCACCAUGAGCGCCGAAGAGGACUACAUGGCAGAUGCAAAGACCAUUGUCAACGUCCAGACCAUGUUCAGGCUCUUCCCCAGCCUCAGCAUUAUCACGGAGCUGACCCAUCCCUCCAACAUGAGGUUCAUGCAGUUCAGAGCAAAGGACAGCUACUCUCUUGCCCUUUCCAAACUAGAAAAGAGAGAGAGAGAGAAUGGGUCCAACUUGGCCUUCAUGUUCCGGCUGCCCUUUGCAGCCGGGAGGGUCUUCAGCAUCAGCAUGUUGGACACGCUGCUCUACCAGUCGUUCGUGAAGGAUUACAUGAUCACCAUCACCCGGUUGCUGCUGGGCCUCGACACCACACCAGGCUCUGGAUACCUCUGUGCUAUGAAGAUCACUGAGGAUGACCUGUGGAUCCGGACGUACGGCCGCCUCUUCCAGAAGCUCUGCUCCUCCAGUGCAGAGAUUCCCAUCGGGAUUUACAGGACGGAGUCGCACAUGUUCGCCACCUCUGAGCCCCACGACAUCAGAGCGCAGUCACAGAUCUCAAUCAAUGUUGAGGACUGCGAGGACACCAAGGACAUCAAGGAGCACUGGGGGAUCAAGACGAGCCACCACAGGAACUCGUGCUCCAGCGACCAGUCGGAGCAUCCCCUGCUGCGGCGCAAGAGCAUGCAGUGGGCCCGGCGGCUGAGCAGGAAGGGCAACAAGCACUCCAGCAAGACGGCCGAGUGGAUCAGCCAGCAGCGCCUGAGCCUGUACCGGCGCUCCGAGCGGCAGGAGCUGUCCGAGCUCGUCAAGAACCGUAUGAAGCACCUGGGCCUGCCCACCACCGGGUACGAGGAUGUAGCAAAUUUAACAGCCAGUGAUGUGAUGAAUCGGGUAAACCUGGGAUAUUUGCAAGAUGAGAUGAACGACCACCAGAACACCCUGUCCUACGUCCUGAUCAACCCUCCCCCAGACACGCGGCUGGAGCUCAACGACAUCGUGUACCUGAUCCGCUCCGACCCGCUGGCCCACGUGGCCAACGACGGCCACAGCCGCAAGAGCAGCUGCAGCAACAAGCUGGGCUCCAGCAACCCCGAAACGCGCGACGAGACCCAGCUGUGA